AUGAGCCUCCGACUGUCAACCAGACAGCUUUGUCGUCCAAACUACUCGCGUCCUCUGUUCUCGUCGGUCAGCAGUAGAUUUGCCCAGUUCAGUCAUGCCUCGGUGGUACGACAGGAAAAGGCCGAGGAUCCUCGCCUCAAGGAGGAAGUUGGUGACUUGCUCAUAGAAGACCAGUACGCAAUCCUUCGCGAGAAGUACGGUAUGUUGUUCUCACCAGACGAUCCGUCUCCUGGCCCUGACAGAAGUAAAGCGACACCAAAGAAUCCAAUCAUUCUAGCUCAUGGAUUGCUCGGAUUCGAAGAACUCAACAUUGUGCCCAAAGCAGUUGCUCCGGGCAUACAGUACUGGAGAGGUAUACGUGAAGCGCUAGCUGCCAAAGGCAUCGAAGUGAUCACUGCGACUGUACCGCCGUCUGGAUCCAUCGAAGCACGCGCUCAGAAAUUGAGUGAGGAUAUCCAUAANAAGGCAAAGGGAAAGAGCGUGAACAUUAUUGCGUAG